ACCCCCAUUCCCCUCCCAAGCCACCGCCGCGUCGUCGCCGCCGUCCUACCCCCUGCAGCGCCGUCCGCGGAUGGCGAUUCCGCCGCAUCCUUGACGUGAUUCGCAGCUUUUCCUACCAGUGCGGGAUUGAGGGAAUCUGUCGUUGAAAUGUCAGAAAUGGAUGCCGCGGCGGCGGCGGCAUGCGUCCCGCCCCUCCCGGAGGAUGUCAUUUCCGAGAUCCUCGCGCGGGUGCCGGACGUGUUGUCGCUCUUCCGCUGCGCCGCCGUGUGCAAGCCGUGGCGCCGCCUCGUGGCGGAUCCGGCCUUCCUCCUCCGCCGCCGCCACUGGCCGGCGGGCGGCGGGGCCUCGCUCCUUGGGUUCUUCGUCCAGCGCCACCAGCUCAGCGUCAACGCGCGGAGGAAGGUCUCCAAGCUCUUCCCUUCACGGGCGCCGGUCCUUGUCCCGGCGCCGGGGUCUGCGCUCGGGCCCGGGCGCCGGUUCCUCACCUCCUUCGUCCGCGACGACGCCGGCGUCCUCGACCAGGCCAAGCCGCUGGCGGCGCGCGACGGUCUCCUCCUCCUGCGCCUAUCUCUCCAAUCCAAAGACAAGAUCUCCGUUCUUCGCCUGUGCGUGUGCGACCUGCUCGCCGGGAAGCGCGACCUCCUCCCUCCGCUGGAUGUCGCUUGCUUCGGCGACGAGGGCGUCAGGGGGUACGCCGUCCUCUCGGCUGCCGACCACGGCGCUGGCCCGCACCGUCCGUCGAGUGGCUACUCCACCUUCUUCCAGGUGCUGCUCACCGGCGUCUAUCACGAGGAUGGACGAGGACGAGUGCUUAUCCCCAAGUUCUCAUCGGCAGCUUCUGCAUCGAGGAGUUGGAGCUGCAUACAGGGAAGUUUGGCAGGGCCCUUUGGUAACCGCGUCGCUGUAGUUACCGGUGGAACUGCACGGUGGCUCUUCCACAGCAACAGCGGCAAUCCAAAUGGGCCAAGCUUGAACACCCUUGAUGUCGGCAUCAGCACCGGGUCGGUCUCUGCAACAGAGCUCCCCCUUGACAUGCUUCCACGCAUCAUGCGAAUGGACCGGACCAAUGUUUGGCUGUGCCUGAGCAUGGAUGAAAGGCUUUCACUUAUUUAUCUUCACAACAACUACCUAUGGAUCUUGACCCAGAAAGAUGGAGGUCUGGGAGGCACUGGGACGGCCUGGCUGUGCACUCAAUCAGUGCCGGUUGGUGUGGAACUUGGAUUAUUCGGAAUAGAGUCACUGUCCAUGAUUUCUAUUGGUGAGAAGAGCAGUAGUGUACUCGUGCUAUACUAUUCGGAUCCUGAUAAUGCGUAUGUGCUCGACCUCCAGUCAGGUUCAACAACCAAACUAGCAGGCUGGAAACGGUCAUUCAACUAUAUGACGGCAGUAGCUUAUGAGAUCAACUGGCUGGAGUUCUUUAUGUCUCGGCUUGGUGUCCGUCAGUAGCUGUUUGAUCAACUGGCUUGGUGUCAGUCAGUAGCUGUGUUGCAUGACUGGACUACAGUACUCAGCAAUUUGCUUAACUAUGUGGAACAUAAUGGUUUUCUCAUGUCAUCUCUUGUUUAGACUUUAGUGACUAGGUCUCGAAAUCAAUGGGUCCAAUAUGUGUGGAUAUGGCAUAUCGUCCCUAGAAAUGUAGGAAGAGAGAAUUCAUUCUCUCGAAGUACUUAACUGCAUCGUUAAAUUAAACUACGACCUUUAGCCA